AUGGGCGCCGCGCUCCUCCUCGCCCUCGGGCUUCUGGCCCAGAGCUUCAGCCUAUCUUUGGGCAGCCCCGAGCCAAGGAGGCUCAGCACCCUGGACCCCUGGCGCCGGGCACAGAUGCGAGGCCGUGUGCGGAGAGCCUGGGUCAUACCCCCAAUCAGCGUGUCUGAGAACCACAAGAGCCUCCCCUACCCCCUGGUACAGAUCAAGUCUGACAAGCAGCAGGUGGGCAGUGUCAUCUACAGCAUCCAGGGACCUGGCGUGGACGAGGAACCUCGGGGUGUCUUCUCCAUCGACAAGUUCACGGGGAAGGUGUUUCUCAACGCCACACUGGACCGUGAGAAGACGGACCGCUUCAGGCUGAGAGCCUUUGCCCUGGACCUGGGGGGAUCCACCCUGGAGGACCCCACAGACCUGGAGAUCGUGGUUGUGGACCAGAAUGACAACCGGCCAGCCUUCCAGCAGGAGGUGUUCACUGGCCGGGUGCUGGAGGGCACAGUGCCAGGCACCUUCGUGACCAGGGCGGAGGCCACGGAUGCUGACGACCCAGAGACAGACAAUGCGGCCCUCCGGUACUCUCUCCUGGGGCAGGGCGGCCACGAGCUCUUCACCAUCGACGAGCUCACAGGGGAGAUUCGGACAGUGCAAGUGGGGCUGGAUCGAGAGGCGGUCGCUGUGUACAAUCUGACAGUGCAGGUGGCAGACAUGUCUGGAGAUGGCCUCACCGCCACUGCCUUGGCCAUCAUCUCUGUGGACGAUAUCAAUGACAACGCCCCAGAGUUCACUAGGGACGAGUUCCUCAUGGAGGCCCCAGAGGCUGUCAGUGGAGUGGUUGUGGGGCGGCUCGAGGUGGAAGAUAGGGACCUGCCAGGCUCCCCCAACUGGGCGGCCCAGUUCAUCAUCUUGGGAGGUGACCCUGAUGGGCAGUUUGCUAUCCGCACAGACCCCAAGACCAACGAGGGAGUACUGUCCAUGGUGAAGCCCCUGGACUACGAGACCCAAGAGCUCUACCAGCUCAUGGUAUUGGUGCAGAAUGUGGCCCCACUGCAGGUGGCUGCCCCCAGGGCCAAGAGGGGCCAGGCACGGGUCAACAUACACGUGCGGGACAUCAACGAGGCCCCCGUGUUCCGAGAGAACCCACUUCGGACUAGCCUGGCUGAGGGCGCACCCCCAGGAACCUCCGUGGCCACCUUCUCUGCCCAGGACCCUGACACACAGCAGCUGCAGAGGGUCAGCUACUCCAAGGACUAUGACCCUGAGGACUGGCUGCAAGUGGAUGGAGCCACCGGCCAUAUCCAGACCCAGCGGGUGCUCAGCCCCGCCUCACCCUUCCUCAAGGACGGAUGGUACAGAGCCAUCAUCCUGGCCCUUGACGAUGCCUCCCCACCCUGCACAGCCACUGGCACCCUGUCCGUGGAGAUCCUGGAGGUGAACGACCAUGCCCCUGUGUUGGCACCACCACUUCUUGACAGCCUGUGCAGUGAGCCCCACCAGGGCACCGGCCUCCUCCUGGGUGCUACAGAUGAGGACCUGCCCCCCCACGGGGCCCCUUUCCACUUCCAGCUGAGCCCCAGGCUCCCAGAGCUCAGCCGGAACUGGAGCCUCAGCCCUGUCAACGUGAGCCACGCACGCCUGAGGCUGCGGCACCAGGUCCCCGAGGGCCUGCACCACCUCAGUAUUCUGCUGCGGGACUCAGGGCAGCCGCCCCAGCAUCGUGAGCAGCCGCUGAACGUGACCGUGUGUCGCUGUAGCCAGGAUGGCGCCUGCCUGCCAGGGGCUGCCGCACUGCGGGCAGGGGGCGCAGGCAUCAGCCUGGGUGUCCUGGCCAUCAUGCUGGGCAGUGUCCUCCUGCUGCUGUUGCUGGUCUUGCCGGUGGCGCUCCGAGUGAGGCUCCGGCAGCGGACUCAGGGCAAGGGGGUGCUGCCCGGGCUGCAAGAUGACCUUCGAGACAACAUCCUCAACUAUGAUGAGCAGGGAGGGGGAGAGGAGGACCAGGAUGCCUACGACAUAAGCCAGCUGCGCCACCCCGCAGAGCUGACUGCCCAGAGCACCCUGGGACGGCCACUACUGCGCCGUGACACCCCCCACAGCCGAAUGCCCCCCCAGCCACCCCGAGCAAUGCCUACCAGUCCUGCCAACAUCAAGGACUUCAUCAAUGAGGGUUUGGAGGCUGCGGACAGUGACCCCAGUGUGCCGCCCUAUGACACAGCUCUCAUCUACGACUUCGAGGGUGAAGGUUCUGUGGCUGGGACACUGAGCUCCAUCCUUUCCAGCCUGGGUGACCAGGACCAGGAUUAUGACUACCUCAGGGACUGGGGUCCCCGCUUUGCCCGGCUGGCAGACAUGUACGGGCACCCAUGGGGGUCCGAGUGAGGGGCUAGACUUGGCAUCUAGAUGUGUCCACUGGGCCAA